AGCGCUCAAAAUGAACCUGUUGACUCAAGAAAUGGUUGAUGUUUACGACCCAGCUCUUAUGUUUACUAUCCCCCGACUUGCUAUCGUCUCUGGACUUCUCAUAUUCCCUGAUGGACCACUUUGUUUGGAUAGAACGCCUGCUCAUAUGUCAGAAAUGUUUAGGCCAUUUAGGACUCUGCUCUUUAAAAUAAGGGAGCUAUUAUGGACAUUAACGCCUAAAGAGUUGUAUACGCUAGAAAAGAUGUUAUGCUCCUCUGAGGAUCCAGUACCGUCCCCGUCGGCCUCCAGCAUACUCCUGUCAAACAAUGACGAGCCUGUGCCUACUGCAAGCUGUUAUCCCAGCGUACCACACCUUGAGGAAUUCGUGUCACGUUUUUAUUCUGAUCACCCAGGCUGCAAACAGUUUGUCACAGACUUUUUCAACACGGCACCAGCCUCAGCGACUCGAACGCCUAACGCACAGAGCAACGUGCAGAGCGACAAUGCCUGGGAAAGUGGCACGAGUUCCGACGAAGGGGAUGAGGAGACUGAGUGCGAAACAGUCAGGGAGAACACCUUGAAGCGUGCAGAGAGCUCUGACAGCACCACGAAGUAUGGUGACAGUGAAAGUGACACGAGCGAGUAUCAGUCACCCCAGUUGUCGGUUUCUGAUUCCGAGAGCCCGGAGUCGCGCGAGGAGGCUGGGAACAGGUGCUACUGCCAGGCGCAGGCUGCGCAGGCGAGCCCCAGCUCGAGCGGCCACCAGUGCGCACUGGGGCACAACCUGCUGAGCUUCCCCGGCGAGUGUGCCGAGUGCAACACGCUGUCGACGGCGGCCGCGGGCACGGACAGCAUCCCCAUCCCGGGGAGCGGCUACCUCCUGGCCAACCAGGUCGGCGUCGAGGCCAUGAUGGGGUCGGGGCACGCCGAGCGGGCGGCGUCGAGGGCGGCGUCGAGGGCCGAGGGACUGGAGGACGGCAUGGAGAGGCUGGGGCUCGAGGGCCUCGGGGCCGCCGGGGAGUCGCUGCCGGACGGCGACGCCCGCGAAGCCAUGCUCCUUGCCACCGCCACCCUCUCGACGCUGCUGAGCGGGACCGUGCGCGCGGCGCAGAGCCCCCUGGACUCGGGCCUCGGUGCCCUGACGAGCGGCAGCAGUGGCAGCAGUGGCAGCAGCGGCAGCGAUGAUGCGGAUGCAGCGAGUCUGUCGGACACGGCCCCGGGGCACAGCCAGGGCCGCGCCGAGCCUCCGGACCACUGGCAGGUCCACUCCAUACCUUGCAGUUCUGUGAUAUCGAGCGUAAAAGAGGACCAAACAUCACAAAGCGAGACGAGCACUGAAGUUGUCAACGACCAAGACGGGAUGUGGCAAUCCUGGAACUCUUCCCAGCCCGGCUCGUCCACCCUAGUCCAUUCUUCUUUUUUCCCUGUAUCAGUCGUUCCUUCCAAAGAGUAUGUGCACGAGGACUCAGAUUCUGUGACAAGCCUUGAAAUCUCGUUGACAGAUUCAAAUAACUGUGAUGUUUUAAUAUCGGAUGAGACUCGCAGCUCAGAAGUUCCGAUUCCUACAUGUGUUCCCAUUAGAAAUUUGCUUCAACAAGUAUCAAGUGCAGAUCAAUCUGAUCAUGGCAAAAUUAAGUUAAGUGUUGUAAGGUCUGGUGGGGGAGAUGGUAGAGAUGAUGAGUGGCUCGGAAUAGCACAAGGAGAAGGCCAGAUUGCAAUUUGCUCAAGUAAUGUAAGCCGUGAAAGUGCUGAAGGAUCAGGGCUUUAUGAGCAAUAUGCGAGUAACUGGGACUCUCUAACUCUGAAUCAAGAUGGAAACCAACACAACACUCUAGCUAUUGUUGAUCCUGCUGUCAGACCUACCUGGCAAAGUUUGGACAACUCAUCUGUGAAGAGCAGGCUUUCACAACCUAGUCCUCAACCUCCUCAGCAGUCGCCUCAGUCAAGACGAGGAGACCCUUGUUCAAUAAGCGUGCCUUGUUCAGGAGUCAGGAACCAAGGACCUGCUGUAGUAUCUGGCAGUUAUUCAUCAAGUUCUAGUAUGACUGUAUCUGAGAGUGGAAGUAGCAUAAGCAGUGAAACAUCAUCAUUCAAUUCGGAAUGUCAAGAUGAUGAGGAAAUUGCCCUUGCCAUGCAAGCAGCUGAAAUAGCUAACCGUAAUGAAGCAAGGUCUAAGUUCAGGUCUAGUGAAGAUUUAGUGCAUCGGUUGUUCCUAUGUGUUGCUGGUGUAGCUGACCAGCUUCAGACAAACUUUGCAGGAGAUUUGCGCAAUGUGUUAAAAUGUGUGUUCCAAAUGAGUGCUUCUUACAGCACCGAAGAAGACAAACCAGAAGAUAGUGAUGAGGAUGAAACAGAUCCAUCAAGGAUUAUUGAAAGAGGUGAAGAUGCUCUUCUACCAGGAUGGGAGAGAAAUUCCAUUGAUAAUCAAGAAGAGGAAUCUAUUCCUUAUAACAAUGAUACUAGUAGUGUGGAUAACAGUUCUGACACUCCUAUCGAAUCACAGGAUUAUACACCUGAUUUCCAUUCAAUGCAUGACCAAGUUCCUAUUGAUUCGGAACUAAGGUGCACUUGCUGUGAUCCUAGAACUGUUGGUGAUAUGGGACAAAGUGCGGAAAUCGAUGUAGAUGUAAAUGUGCGUGUGGACGUGGAACAAGAACUCCCACAUAUUUCAGAGUCAGAACCCCCGCCCCCUUGGGUUCCAGAUGAGCUCGCACCACGAUGCAUGUCUUGUGAAUCAGCAUUUACUGUUGUGAGGCGCAGGCACCAUUGUCGAAAUUGUGGGAAGGUAUUUUGUGCUCGCUGCAGCUCAAACUUUGUACCCCUCCCCAGAUUUGGACAUGUGAAGCCAGUUCGUGUUUGUAAUCGCUGCUUUCUUUACCAAGUAACCCCUUUUACUCUCCGAGCAGCCCUGUAAGCAAAUUGAAGUUGGUAAUUUAAAUUAUUAUUUUCUUUGACAAACCCAAAUUUGAGUACUUUUAUCUCACUGAUGUUGACUAAUACGUAGCUUGGCUGAAGCCUCUUAGUUAUUUGUAGUAUAAGUUUUAAUCAAGUUAGGUAACUCAAUCGCUGAAUAUUUUCAUUUAUUUUCUGUAAAUCCUAUCCUGAGAUAAGAGUCUUAUUGACUUGUUAUCGCAGAGGGAUGUUGUCAUUCAGAAAGAAACAGAUCCUACCACUGUGAAGACUAUUUUAUUAAUUUCCGUCCUUGGGGAUCUGUACACAUUUCACAUUUUGUAACAAUUCAGUUUGCCCUAGAGAUUAUUUCUUACUUGUUUGUUACUACUCAUAUCAUGAUACACCACAUGUGGCGUGGCAGUUACUUUUCCUUUUUUCAGACUUCAUGCAGAUCUAGUCUGCCUUGACCAAAUCUCCGCUGCUUUGGGGUUGUUCAAAAAUAUUUUAUGUUUUGAUCUUUUUAGUUAACAAGGUUCUUACUGAGUCCUAGCCCAUUAAAGGAUGCCACUAAGUUGCCAUGUUGAAAAUGACGUUAUGGAAACUGAACAGAGCAGUUUCAUUUGUAAUUACUGAAACUGAACAUUUCCCUUAGAGCUCAUUCUGUACAAGAAUCUUACUAUUAGUGUACAUAAUAGCUCUUUUCAUAUAAUUUGACAAUACUUGAGCAGUUUUUUUGUACCUUUAUUUUGUAGCCUGAAAAUUACUUUUCUUUUAAACUACAGGGUCUUUUUCACAACAUGUGUUUAUGUAAAUUAGAAGUUGUGUCAUUCACAUGCCUUUCUACCAUAGUUGUGUCAAUUUUUGUGAAGUUUUGGGAAAUGUGUACUGAUAUGUAGUUUAUUUAAGACUAAUUUUGACUUACGAGUGUUCAUAAAUUCACAAAUUGACAUUUUGUCAUAAGCGUUGUAUGAAUUUUCCUAGUAGAUAAAGAACAAACUGUGAUAUAGUAGAAACUUAAAGUUAGUAGUUUUGGAAGGCAUAAGCUUAAAGAAUAGGUGUUAAGUGAGUGAGUGUUGGCUAAUUUUGUCAUAUGUAUGUUCACAUUAUAAUCAUUAUUCCAUUGUGAAUUUUUGGAAAAGACCUUCAAGCUUGUGUUAGCUUGAGAGUAACUCACCCACUUGUUGAACAGCAUCCUGCUUUGUUGCAUUUUGUUAUCGCUAAGACAUUAUUUUUUUACCAAUAUUGUGUGAUGUGGUUUUAAUAAUAAAUAACUGUACUUCAUAGACUGGGGUGAUACACCAUGGAAAUGAAGAAUGAGGAGUUUCCCUCAAAUUCUAAACUUGACAUCACUAUAGUUGUGGUACAAAACUUUAUAAAACACAUUUUCUUUGUUCCCUUUCAAAACCAUUACAGAAUAUGAAAUGCAAAAAACAAGUUUGAGGUCCUCCUCUUGAUCUAUUUGAAUGGCAUGUAUAACAGGUCUUGUAACAGGUAAUCGCCCUUAAAACAGAAUUUAAUGUGUGAGUGUGUCUUGUCAUUUUGUUUUUCCUCAUAAUUAUUACCUAACUUGCACUGUCAGUAGGGCCAUACUUGUGAUUUUCAUUUUUAAUUCCUCUUGGCAAAGUCUUUUAAAACUACAUUCUGUGUUAUGAAAUUAGCAGUUUUUGGUUCCUAUGUACCUUUAUGGCCAAUAUUUCAGGAAAAUGGUCAAAACAAUAAGAAAAGAAGAACCAAUUGUGUUUUGAAUGUAUUGAUCUCUAGUUUAAUUGUGUCAAUUGAGAAAAGGGCUGUCAGCAGAACCCUCUAGACUUUAAAAAUUUUGAUCUAAUAUUACUGUUAUUUUACCAGAGGUUAUCCGUCAAUUAUGAUAAACUAUCUAAUGAAAAUUUUGCUCAAUGUGAAGUAACAUGGUCUUUUCAAGUAAGUUGA